AUGGCGAUUAUUUUUAUACUUAUUUCUUGGGGAUGGACUAUUAAUUAUAUGGAAUUAGAAAGUUUAGAUAUAUAUGUCCCAUUAGCAUUUCUUAUUGGAAUUAUUCAUAUGAUUAUUGUUGGUUUAAGUAGAAUUAAUGAUGAUUCAUCACAUAAAUUUCAUCAUUUUGAUGGAUGGGUAGGAUGGGUUAUUGUGUUAUUAAGAUUUGGAUUGUUUUUUAUUUCUUUUAUGGUCUUAAAGAUACUUAUUCAUCAGCUAGAAUGUAAGCGUAACCUUUUAUUAAAUAAUUUGGAUUUUUCGGAAGUAUUUAUUUUUUGA